UGCAGACUAACUUCCAGGGCAACAGCAGCGGUGAAGUUUGUACAGGAAAAUUCAGACUUCGUAAGAAGACCACCAAACAUCAAACUGACACAGGACGUAACCAAGCUGCCGAUAUGGACGACUUAGACGCGUUGCUUGCAGACCUGGAAUCUACUACUUCGCAUAUCUCAAAGCGGCCGGUGUUCUUGCCCGACGAGACCCCCUACUCCAUCCCAACUGGAGGGCACUCUUACCAGGAUGUCUCAAUCCCACCUCCAGUCCCUCCCCCACCCUCCGCUGAUGCUUUAAAUGGUUCACUGAUUGAUACGCUGGACUCCCACCACUCCUCCCAGCAGUCUUUAGGCUCAGCACAGAAGAGCUCAUGGUCCAGGGACAGUAGCAGCUCUCCACCAUCUCACAUUGAGGAGGACCACGUCUACAGUUUUCCAAACAAACAGAAGACAUCAGACUCGUCAACAGCAGCCAUGACCUCUGCCCUGGGCAGUAACCUAUCAGAGCUUGACAGACUGCUGCUGGAACUUAACGCAGUGCAACAGAGCUCCCCGUCCUUUCCCACUACAGAGGAGACAGCUCCACCCUUACCGUCCUGCAGCAUCACCCACUACGAGAAUGGCAGCAGUCCAGACAUAAUGGUAAGCCCUGCCCCUCAAGAGAAACCCAAAAGGAACGGAACCAAGGUGGAUGAAGCCCGACCCACUGUGGAGAGUCUGCUAGAUGAGCUGGAGGGCUCAGUGCCCUCACCCAGCCCCUCCUCUCGCCACAGUGAUUUGGACACUCCCUCUCAACAGCAAGCCAGAAUUUCAGCAUCCUGUGCUACACGAGAACUAGAUGAGUUGAUGGCUUCUUUGUCAGACUUUAAGCCCAGUUCUUUGGGCUCUCUGCUGGACCCAGCUGGUGCACCUUUCAGCUCUUCUCCUCAUCCUCCAGUCUCUUUCUCCAUCACCCCAGUGGCUUCUCCUUUCCCUAAUCUGUCCCGCCCGUCCACCUGUGCCUCUCCUCUGUUUUCUUUGCCUACUGGUUUAGAGCUGCACAUAGAUGAAGAGGGAGGUGAUGGCGGUGUGUCGCUAACCCAUCAGAACCGAGCUCCUCCUCCCCUCAGUCCUUUGUCCUCACUGUCUGCAGCCAGCGACUUAGACCUGGAUUCUGUAAUAGAUGUCUCAGCCCCCAUGCUGUCCUCCCAAAACAAGUCCCUCCUAGUCCUUUCAUCUGUCCCAAAUUCCACCCUGAUGAGAAAUGGCUCCAGCCCUUCCAACACCACCACUACUCCCUCACUGACUUCAGUUAACACUGUCUUAGAUCACAAGUCCUCAAAGUCCCCUAGUCCAUCUGUAGACAGGCCGUCUCCCUCAACUUCUGUUGGUAAACUCUCAUGUGGACCUGAAAAUAUGAAUUACUCAACUCCUUCUCCAUCCAAAAACCUCACCCCUCCUGCUUCUGCUCCAAAGACUCCCUCUCCUCUCCCUGCUGUUUCUGUAUCUACACCCCCUAUCAAUUUUUCCUCAAAAGCAUCUUCACCAUCUCCAUCUCUGCCAUUGGCUUUCAUUAGUGCUGCAGUCCCCAGCAGAGAGCUUACAGAGCCAGCAUGUACAACUCCAAGAGCUAGCCCCCUCUCUGUGCAGCAGCCUGCCGUGGUGGAACCCUCAUUGGAUGAGGCAUUAGACAAACUGCUGGCGAUGAGUUUUGUUCAGAACAACAUGUCAGCAGAGGAGCCACAGGUAAAGAUGGAAGCACAGAGUCUGGGUAGAGGAGUACCGGAGGUGCAGGAGGAGCUCAUCCUGCCCAUGGACAGAAACAGCGUACAGCCUGACACCUUUACCAGCACCACCAACACCAUCACAGAUGAGUCUGUGGACGGAGGCACUGAUGGGAAUGGAGAUCUGGACUGGGCUGAUGAGGAGCUGUCCAUGUCUUUCCAUGACGGACUGGAUGGCACCAUGACACCUUACACGGAGAGACCCUACACAGAUGGCAGCAUGACCCCACUGACAGAGGCCAGCUGGAUGGAUGAGUCCAUGACCCCAUCUUCUUGCCCCGGGACCCCUGACGUGGCCUUGGACCUGCCCCUGCUACAGACGCCCAAUAUAGACAGGGUGUCUGCCUCUGGACAUAUAAAGUCAGUGAUUAGGCGCACCAAGGAAACUCCCAAUGUCCAUCCAAUGUAUCGAGAUGGACACAUGCGAAGGAAAAUGGGACCCAUUAUCGUCAACAAAAACAGUUCCCAGGACCGCCUCAUAGAAGAGCUACAGGGAAAACUUGGCAUCGGUCGUUCUGAACGCCGGCGUAAACAGUCUGAUGACUGGCUGACUGAGGGUGUCAUUGUCACAUCAAAACCCCAGCGUUUCCGUCCUGAGGGAGCCAGCAGUGAGGUUGACAAGAUCAUAAUUCCCCCUGAGUCGCCUGUCCCUGUGAGGAAGGUGCUUCCACCUCUCUCUCCCCCUGCCCCUCGUCGACCCCCUGUUGUAGAAGAACCUAAGAGGGUUCUCCCAGUGCUGCACCCCCCUGUUCCUAUCCCACCACCCCCUCCUCCACCUCCCUCGCCACCUCCACAACCUGUAAGGGAACCGGCCCCCGCACCUCCUCUGCAAAUUAUAAAACCAUCACCUCCACCAGCCCCAAUUCCGGAACCCCCUGCACCCAAACCAGAACCCCAACCUCCUGUUCUUAAAACCCCAACCCAACCUCCACCUGUGGAGCCAGAGCCACCUGUUGCACCUAAAGUCCUGGUGUCUGUAGGCUGCCAAACAGAGUAUGACCCAAUCUUCCCUCCGAUGCAGAUUAUGGCUCAAGGGAAGGGUGUGCCUGGUGGGCCCCCGACACAGGUCAACAAACUGGACAACAUGCUUGGCAGCCUGCAGUCGGACCUCAACAAACUGGGAGUGCAGACAGUAGCUAAAGGAGUGUGUGGUGCCUGCUGUAAACCAAUUGUAGGACAGGUGGUAACUGCCAUGGGUCGCACAUGGCAUCCUGAACACUUUGUGUGCACGCACUGUCAAGAAGAGAUAGGUUCCAGGAAUUUUUUUGAGCGUGAAGGACAGCCCUACUGUGAGAAAGACUACCAUAACCUGUUCUCCCCUCGAUGCUACUACUGUAACGGGCCUAUACUGGAUAAAGUUGUGACGGCGCUGGAUAGGACAUGGCAUCCUGAACAUUUCUUUUGUGCUCAGUGUGGAUCCUUCUUUGGUCCAGAGGGUUUCCAUGAAAAGGAUGGAAAGGCCUACUGCAGGAAGGAUUAUUUUGACAUGUUUGCACCAAAAUGUGGCGGCUGUGCCAGAGCCAUCCUGGAGAAUUACAUCUCAGCGCUGAACAGCCUUUGGCAUCCUGAGUGUUUUGUUUGCAGGGAGUGCUUCACCCCCUUUGUGAAUGGAAGUUUCUUUGAGCAUGACGGCCAGCCUUACUGUGAAGUGCACUACCAUGAGCGCCGUGGCUCCCUGUGCUCUGGCUGUCAGAAGCCAAUCACAGGCCGCUGCAUCACAGCCAUGUCCAAGAAGUUCCACCCGGAGCACUUUGUCUGUGCCUUCUGCCUGAAACAGCUCAACAAAGGCACCUUUAAAGAACAAAACGACAAACCGUACUGCCACGGCUGCUUUGUGAAGCUGUUCAGUUAGGGCAGAGUGUCACAUGGGUCAGGGAUUAGAUAUGUGUCUAAAGCUUCUUUAGCAUAAGUUAGGUGGGAAUGGAUUGUAGAAAGUUGUCCGUGUACUGAUGAUGAUGUUGGAAGUGUGUAUGGGUCAGGUCUGUGCAUGUGAUCAAAGUGGCACACUCUCUGUGGGGCUAAAAACUUCAAGAAAAACUGAGAAUUUUGGUUACCAUGCCUAUCUUCAUAUUCUUAUCACAGAUUUUUAAAACUUUUAUGAUGUGUGAGUUACUCUGUGAUGCAUUCAGUGGGGUGUGGAUAUUUAAAUGAAUUAAAACAUCAUAAACUGAUGUUUUUCAAACCAACAUGGAUAUGAUUUUUCCCUCGUGUCAACAUUUUUAUUAGACCUGUAAUUGUUUUCUGUAACUUGGAGCAUUGUUUUCACAUAUUUUGAGUUUUUAUCUUUUCUUUAUAGUUGGCGGUGAAACACUGUAGAAAUUCAUGAAUUACCUUGUGUGUUUGACAUUGUUGCUCACUGGUUGAGUGUCCUUUUAAAACCCAUAAAAAUACUUUAUUUUUAUUAUUAUUAUAGUGUUAACCCAUUUCAAAAAUGAUAAGGGGACAAGGGUGUUAGAGACCGUUUUUUUUUUUCUUUGUGCAAAAAAUAAAUCAAUGACCUUAUUGUAGCAUCAACUGGAAAUGGGUUGGGUUUAAAAAUUUACGUUGGCAGUUUUACAGAUAAAGCAAGGAUGGAUUAAUCAAGCUGUACACAAAAAAUCUGAAUCUUAACUGUAUUUUUAUCCAAAGUCUGAAAAGAUUUACCAAUAUUAACAGUGUUGGUCACUGAAGACAUCCUAUGUGUAUCCAUUUGCCAGAAAAUUAAUUUUUUGAGUAAACACAUUUUGGAACAAACCUCACAUUUUACCAGCUAAGUCAUUCCUAAUCUUUUCACAAAGACAUAAGACUAACAGUUUCUUGCAAGUUUUUUUUUUCAUACAGUGAAGUGAAACCUCACAAAAACAUUGGGAGUUUAUAUUGUUAACAUGUAUGUUUCACUGCCGUUACAGUUUUAAAUAAAUCCUGAGGAGUUUUUUAUGUAAAUAUCAGAUGCAGCUACAUUGUAAGUGAAGCGCUGACAUGCUUGGCAUGUACACGUCUUUAAUAACCACUCAUUCAGAGAGAGAGAAGGGGCUGGUGGCAAGACAUAACAAAGGUGUUUCUUAUGUUGUUUUACUGUAUUGUGAAGCUGAUGAAUGUACACUACUUUAGAAGAGAAGUACAUAAUGCAAGAAAUCCAUAAAAUAGGCAUGUGCUAUUCCAGUAAUACUAUGCAACUGUGGAUUAACACUUUGUAUGUCAGCAUCGUUUGUAAAAUAACAGGCUGUCUGUGCCAUUGUAUCAGUACCAUGUCUAACAACACUGGCAAAUUCAGCAGAAUACUGUUAGAUGAAAAGUCCACAGUCAUGUUUAUAUGUUAUUAGUCUGUGAGUCCACUGAAAAAAUGUAGGCUGUAAAAACAGAAGCCUGGUGGUCUUUUAGUGUAAAUGGUAGGUCAUUUCCCUCAGUAUCUGAGUAGCAUCUACUGUAAACCACCAGGUUGGGUCUGCACACCGUUAAUCAUGAAAUGCAUCAGAUAUUUGGCCUUUGUCUUGUUCAGGGAAUUUUAGAGCCUUAAAUCUUUUCUCACUUUAUUUAAGAAAUCAUAUAACAGUUGUCUUUUCAUUUUAGUAGAGUGUUAUUUAACCAAAGCCAUACCUUCUUUGAUUUGUUUUGUGUCUGUUCACCGUUUUUUCUCUUUUCACUUCGAAUGUCAAUAGUUCUGAAUAGUGAGAUUUCUCACCUCUAGUCUGAUUAUGCAAAUAAAUUCUGUUUUGGUAUCAAAAUA